UCCAGCCGCCAAACACACACGCACGAACGCGCCGGGCCGUCCGAUCCCGAGACCCAGAGGAGAAAAAAAAAAUCCAAUGGCGCCGCGUUCCUGGCUCCUGGCGCUCGCCGCCGCGCUCGCCCUACUCAACCGAGGCGCGCGGUCGGCGACGUUCACCAUCACCAACGGCUGUGGGUACACGGUGUGGCCGGGGCUGCUCUCCAGCGCGGGCUCGGCCCCGCUGCCCACCACCGGGUUCGCGCUUGCGCAGGGGGAGUCCCGCGCCGUGGCGGCGCCCGCGGGGUGGUCGGGCCGCCUCUGGGGCCGCACGCUCUGCGCCGCCGACGCCGCCACGGGGCGCUUCGCCUGCGCCACGGGGGACUGCGGCUCCGGGGAUGUCCAGUGCAACGGCGGCGGCGCCGCCACACCCGCCACGCUGGCCGAGUUCACGCUCUACGGCAGCGGCGGCCUCGACUUCUUCGACGUCAGCCUCGUGGACGGCUAUAACCUGCCCAUGGUCAUCACGCCCACUGUCUCCUCCUCCUCCUCCGGCGCCGGCUCCGGCAAGUGCGCGGCCACGGGGUGCGCCGCGGAGCUGAACGCCGCGUGCCCGGCGGACCUGCGGGUGGACACCGCGGCGGACGGGCCGGUGGCGUGCCGGAGCGCCUGCGACGCCUUCGGGGACGCGCAGUACUGCUGCAGGGGCGCCUACGGGAGCCCCGCCGCGUGCCGGCCCUCGGCAUACUCCCAGUUCUUCAAGGCCGCCUGCCCGCGCGCCUAUAGCUACGCCUACGACGACGCCACCUCCACAUUCACAUGCGCCGCCGGCACCACCGACUACACCGUCACCUUCUGCCCCGGCGUGCCCACCAGCGUGAAGUCGACCGGGCAGAACCCGCAGGCCGCCGGGCUGCCGCAGCAGGCGAACAACGGAACAACCAUGGUCUUCUUCGGCAGCAACGCGCAGCCCAGCAGCGCCGCCACCGCCGCUGCUGCCACGAACCUUCUCGUCGCCGUCGCUGUCACCACGGCCGUCGCCCUCUCGUCUCUCCUCCUCUGAGCGCAGCCACCGCUCCUGCGGGUAGGUUGGUGGAUUAGCCGCCGCGCAUCCAGCAGCGCGGCUCUGCCGACCGGUCGCCGCCGCUGGAGGGUGGGCCCCCGUGGAGGCAUUUGACGGCGGCGGAAGACAACGAUGAUCGGGUUACAAGGUGUGAGCAACCGAGCAUGCAGUUUCAGCAUCUGGACGCUGACCGGUUCCAGACUUCCAGUAUAUUUUAUUAUAGCUUAGGACAGGUAGACUAGCUUCUCUCUUCUGGUUAUUAUUUUUUCUGCUUUGAAAAAAUUAGUUUCAUCCGUUGGGCGGCAGAGACAGCCGGGCAACUCAUUCGUUAUUCUUUAUCGUAUAUGCAAUGGAACAGAAUGACCUCAA